AUGCGAACAUUGGAAUGGGAUAACACGGGAGUGAAAAUCGAUGGUCGGCAGUUACACCAUCUUCGCUUUGCUAAUUACAUCGUGCUUAUAACAACAAGCAUCACCCAAGCGGAACGAAUGCUCGUCGACUUUGAUAAACUCUCUGGAAAGAUUGGUCUUCGAUUCAAUCUCACAAAAAUGAUGUUUAUGAGGAACGGAUUGGUUUCGCAUGCCCCAUUCACGCUCAACGGAACGAAUAUCUCUGUAUGUUUCAUUUAUAUCUAUCUAGGUCGGGAAAUCAAUAUGAUGAACGACCUGGCUCCAGAGUUGAACAGAAGGAAGCGAGUGGCUUGGGAAGCUUUCAAGAGCAUCGGAGAAGUAGUGAGGAAAACAAAGAACUCCCAACUUCGUGCGCACCUUUUCGACUCAACGGUACUUCCAGCCCUAACGUAUGCGUCAGAAACCUGGUCGAUGCGUGAGCAGCAUGAAAGAUCGUUCAGCUUUAUUGAACACGAAGUCGAAAGGACGACGCUAGGAGCAUCCCGUAUCGAACAAGUAGGGGAUGGGAUCCGAAGUUCCGACCAUCGUCUACGAUCAAAAAUCAAAGAUGCUGUUCUAUAUGACAGUGUCGAAGAUAAGGUGUGCCGGAAACAUAAUGCGUUUGAACGACAGCCGACGGACAAGAGCCAUUAG